GCCACAGUGACAUCAACCAGACCCUUAGUGCCCAUCACAGUUCGAGCCGUCUCCGCACAAGAACAAGUCAGCAGGCAAUAGGACGAUCACUCUCCAUACAGAAAUCGCAUCUCCCUCCAGAUCGGCUUUAUCCACCAUCUCUAACAAGCAACGGAGAAGGAACAUUCCAAGUUCUAUUUGUUCUUUCCUAUUCUCACUUCGACAAAUCGAUCUUUCGCAACUGUCACAAUCGCACCUAGGUUAAUCGCAUCAACAUGUCCAACUACUACCCUCAGCAGCCCCAGCAGGCCUACUAUGGACCUCCUCAGGGUCAAUAUGGUCCCCCUCAAGGCCAGUAUGGCGGACCUCCCCAGGGCCAGUACUACCCUCCUCAGCAACAGAUGGGCUACCAGCAAGGACCUCCCCCCAUGCAACAAGCACCCCAAAAGAAGGACCGCGGAUGCCUGAUGUCCUGCUUGGCAGUACUCUGCUGUUGUUUCGUCUGUGAAGAGGGUUGCGAGUGUUGCGCCGACUGCUGCGAAUGCGCAGAAGACUGCUGUUAAACACGUCGACCAUUCACCCAAGUAUGUCGAGAUGCUCGACAUGCAAUACCUCACUCAGUCCCCACAUACCAAAGGAAAGAGCAAUAUGCAUAAUGCAAGCUAGAACAGACCGAGGGAGGCACGGCAUACACGCAUCUUUUGCUCAGGUCGGGAGGCUGGGAUUGCUUCAUCCUAUGUUUUUGAUUUCCUUCCGUCUUCGUCUACAGUCAGCGCCCCUUCUUCGCAGGGUCCUCGUCGUUCUCCUUUGUCCUUGACGAACUUAUGCUUCUUAGUCUAGCACCACCAUGCGCCAGUAAUUGGUUUAGUAACAUGGCCACCGCUUGACGCGUCGAGGCCUCUUUUAUACA